AUGAUGACGAUGGACGUCACAAAGCCGGAACCUCCCUCGGCGACGGCUGGUAUGGGUGGCGGUAACACGUCCGCCAUGUCCCUUGGCGGGCUCAUCCCCGCCGGUUCGCAGCAACAGCAACAACAGCAACAGUCCCACCAGCAGCAGCAACAACAAUCGAACACGCUGAACAACCAAUCCGUUGCUGGCGGCGGCCCGCCAGGUGGUGGAGGCGGCGGUGGUGGGCCACCCCACCCACAGCAGCAGCUUUGUGCCGGGUGCGGCAAGCACAUUCAGGAUCGCUUCCUGCUACGGGCACUCGAUCUGCUGUGGCAUGAGGAUUGCCUCAAGUGCGGUUGUUGUGACUGCCGGCUGGGCGAGGUUGGUUCCACGCUGUACACCAAGGGAAAUCUGAUGCUGUGCAAGCGGGACUAUCUGCGACUGUUCGGUAACACGGGCUUCUGUGCCGCGUGCAACAAGGUAAUCCCGGCGUUCGAGAUGGUGAUGCGAGCCCGCAACAACGUGUACCAUCUGGAGUGUUUUGCCUGCCAACAGUGCAACCAUCGGUUCUGCGUCGGCGAUAAGUUCUACCUGUGCGAGAAUAAGAUCCUGUGCGAGUACGACUACGAGGAGCGGCUCGUGUUCGCAUCGAUGGCUAACCAUCCAAUGCUGAAACGCCAGAUCUCGCAAGGUGGCGGUGGGCCUGUGAUGCAAAAUGGGCAUGGUGGCGGUGGUGGAGGUGGUGGCGGCGGCAGUGGAGGAGGAGGAGGCGUUAACGGUGGACCCCAGAUGCAGGCGGGACCGGGACAGGGUCAGGGCAUGGGUGGGAUCCCGUCGCCCCAGCAAAAUGGCGCCAACGGUAAUCUGAUGGGGCUCGUUGGCCAGCGGAAUCCCGGCGGUGGAGGUGCAGCUAGUGGUGCUGGUGGUGGUGGCGGUGGCGGUGUUGCUGGUGGUGGCGGUGCUGGCGGAGUUGGGGGCGGUGAUCACAACAACAACAGCAGCAGUCUGUCGGCGGCCUUGGCCGGGGGACCGUCGCCCUUCGGUACGCCCGCGCAUAUCAAGGCGGCUCUGAGCACGGCCAGCUAA